AUGACUGCCAAGAGUAGUGAAGAAGUGGCCGUGUAUACGAAGGGCGAGUCAUCGCCGACAGGUCAACUGACGUUACGAGCAACAACCAAGAAGAAGAAGAAGAAGAAGAAGAAGCUGAUGAAGAAGAACAUGGCGACAGGAUCUCAAUCCGCGGUACCAGCAACUCCGAUGAAGUCCGGCGGAACGCGCGGCGACGACUCGACGGCGGUCUUGAUCACACCGCAGCCCGACCCGAUUGCUGAGCGCAACGUCAGCUUCGACGAGCCGAUGACUGGAUCCGACGCCAAGGAUGAAGAGAUGGAUGAAGAAUACGACGACUACCUGGAGGAGAAGGCGCCUGAGCCAGCGGUGGUGACACCCGAGACUCCUCUUGCGAGCGAGGUGGAAGACGAUGCGCCUCCCAUAACGCGCAACCUCGCAGACGAACGGGAUGAUUUGAACAGCCCCAAACGUGCCGACUAUGGCCCGGGUGCAUUUGAAGACAGCGGCAAGGAGGCAUUACAUGCACGUGCCCUGAAGAACCCACGUGACGGUGGCACCGAUGACUCAGCGGAUCCGGGGACGACGAGUGACGGUUCUGACGGCUUGCCAGGGGGCAAUGAUCCGGAACCGAGCUCCUUGGGACCGGGCAGAAGCAGUCAAGUCGCUCCCGACGACUCGCCAGCCGAUCCACAAGUGGCCGAAAUUGCCUCCGAUCAACCCUCGAUAACUCAGUUCCCGACUGUGGCGACAAACGGUGACACUCCGGAUUUGAAACCGCAUUGUGACCUGACCAAUGAAGCACCGACAACUCAUCUGGUCCCCCGUUACGACGCACACACUCCCCUCGCUAUGCCGGAGCAUACCUGUAUGUCGGUGAUGGGCGUACUGGGCAUGGACGAGGAUGAUGUGACAAAUGACAGCGCGUGGCUACCGACUGGAAGUUUCCCGACGACUCCUACUGCGCAAAGCCUCUCACAUACACGGCUCCCGAAUAGUCAUACGGGGUGCGUGGUAUCUUUCGCGGGCUUGACACAGCCUGGACAGUAUGGUGCAGGUGGAAGCUGUGCAUGGAUUGUGUGGCGCCUACCGGAGUGGAAAUUGAUGAUUGCCGCGAACGCUUACCUCGCCGACACGACGAGCCACCUUGCCCAGAGCGCCGGUAUGACAUACGGCGUGCUGGCGGCUUUGCAACUCGGUGCCGACGACUUGGUGGUUGUUAGCAAUUCAAGGCUGGCGUUGUUGCACUCGCUAGGGGCAGCUGAUUCCGGGGCGAUGACUCAACCAAGUUACCACGAGGAGGUCAAGGCCCGACUGCGAUCUGUGAGAUACAUUCACGUCGCACAGGAAUGCAAUGCUGCCGCUGACUCGCUAGCUUCUGAAUCGUUGGAAUCUCAGACGUCGAAGGUGGUUUUGAGUGGCGAUAGGAUGGCCGCGCUCUGUGAGCUCAACCAACUCCAAGCUGUGAUCUACAAAACCGAUCCGGACGGGAUAUCCCCGCAGAACGUGCUUCCCGGUGAUUCUUUUCGGUUCCAAGAUCUCCCCAGCAGUAAUUCGAGGAGCAUUGAGCCUACCAUGGCUGCGCCGAUGACUCGUUCACAAACCACGCCCAAGAUGAAGCUGCUGAUACGGACCGACAAGUCAAUGACACCAAUCCCGACGACUGGUGAAUCCGGAUUCUGCGCAGACAGUGCAAGUCAGCCGGAGCACGGACAGCCUGACAGCAUGCCGAGUUCUCGCGUCAACUGGGUCAGCCGCAUCCGGCCGUACAUGGAACGGGGCAAACCGACUGAUGAAAACAAGGUCGCUACGUGCAAGGCUCUGCUGUCUACAAGCGCCAAGGUUGCUACACGUGGACUGUGCCGAAAGAGUGUCGAGGCUGUGAGCAACGCCUAG